CCCAGUCGCUGGAGCCGCCGAGCGCUCCCCAUCGUCUCUCCGUCCUCUUCCGUCCUUCCCGCGGCAACUCCGCCAGCGCCGGAGGAGGCAGAAGCGGAGGGAGGGGCGGGCGCCGGGGCCGCUGCCCGCUUCCCUGUGCGGGCAUCGCCGGGGGAGCGCGGAGCGCGGAGCGGAGCCCGGCGCCGCCUCCAUGUUCCAGCUGCCCAUCCUCAAUUUCAGCCCGCAGCAGGUGGCCGGGGUCUGCGAGACCCUGGAGGAGAGUGGGGACAUAGAGCGCCUGGGGCGCUUCCUCUGGUCCCUGCCCGUGGCCCCUGCGGCCUGCGAGGCCCUCAACAAGAACGAGUCGGUGCUGAGAGCCCGGGCCAUAGUGGCCUUUCACACGGGGAACUACCGGGAGCUCUACCACAUCCUGGAGAACCACAAGUUCACCAAGGAGUCUCACGCCAAACUGCAAGCGCUCUGGCUGGAAGCGCAUUAUCAGGAGGCGGAGAAGCUGCGGGGCCGACCCCUGGGGCCAGUGGACAAGUACCGGGUGAGAAAGAAGUUCCCUCUGCCCCGCACCAUCUGGGACGGCGAGCAGAAGACACAUUGUUUCAAGGAGCGGACGAGGCAUUUGCUGCGGGAGUGGUACCUGCAGGACCCUUAUCCCAACCCCAGCAAAAAGCGGGAACUGGCUCAGGCCACGGGACUUACCCCCACGCAAGUGGGCAACUGGUUCAAAAACCGCAGGCAAAGGGACAGGGCGGCAGCCGCUAAGAACAGGCUGCAGCAGCAAGUCCUAACGCAGGGCUCGGUGCGCUCGCUGCAAGCGGAGGAGGAAAGCGGCGGGGAAGCGGGGGGCGCAGCCUCCAGCCCCGCAGCCAGUCUCUCCAGCAAGGCGGCCACCUCCGCCAUCUCCAUCACAUCCAGCGACAGUGAAUGUGACAUCUGACCCACCGCCACGGCAAACUGCGGGCUGCGGGGGGGG